UAGUGGAUUAGUGGGUGAAUAGAGAGUUCUGAAAGCACUAUGAGCCUAUUUCAGCUCAUCUCUGCUGGGAUUUCACUAUUUCAGUCUCAACACAGUUCUCUCAAACCUCACUUUAUCAAUUACAUGUUCGCUUUUCAAUUUUCAGCUUUCGUUUUCCGGUUUACCUGAAUUCUCAAUUCGUUAAAUUUCAUAGAAAUUCGACCCAGUAAUCUGCAGGAGGUAAAUGGAGCUGAGAAAGAGAAAGAUGAGGCAAGCUUUACUUGGAUUCUCUGUGAUUGUGUUUGUUGAACUAAGCUCUGCAACUGUGGUUUACAAACCAUUGUCUAUGGCCUUCGCUGACCUUCCUGCCAAGUUUGCUGUUGGUGUUGAUAGAGCUGGUGCUUGUGGGACUUUGGUAAAUGCAGACCCUUUGAAUGCAUGUUCGCCUCUACGGAAUGGGCGCCAAGCAAAUGAAACUGAUAGAGCAAGGUUUGCUUUGAUAGUUAGAGGGGAGUGUUCUUUCAAGGAUAAAGUACGGAAUGCUCAAAAUGCUGGUUUUGGUGCCGCAAUUGUUUAUGAUGAUAGAGAUGGAGAAGAUCUAGUUUACAUGAUGAUAAACGGUGAGAAUACUACAAUUCAUGCCGUGUUUGUUUCAAAAGCAACAGGUGAACUACUGAAGGAUCAUGCUUAUGAUGAGGAAGGGGAAUGCUGUAUCUUUCCAUUUCAAACUGAAACAGCCUGGACUGUGCUAGCUAUAUCUUUUAUCUCAUUCAUUGUCAUAUUGGGUAUAUUAUUAAUAGCCAUAUUUGCUCCAAGACACUGGCUGUACUCACAAGGAAGAAACCAACUUCCUAAAAGUGUGGAUAGGAAGGUGGUUGAAGCUCUACCUUGCUUCACAUUCAGUUCCGCUCGUUUGGGUGAAUGCCACAGUGAAGAAACUUGCGCCAUCUGCCUUGAGAAUUACAAAGAUGGGGAAAUUCUUAAAGUUCUUCCCUGUCAACACGAAUUUCAUUCAAGCUGUGUGGACUCAUGGCUGACAAAAUGGGGGACAUGCUGCCCCGUGUGCAAGCAUGAUAUGAGAACAAAAUCUGUGAAUCCUGAGUUUCUCAGUCAAAUUUUAAAAGCUGUUGCAAAGUUUGAUAUGAGAGUUUAUUGGUUGGUAGUCCCUUGUGGGUUUGUUGCUUUAUUGCUUGUGUUAUUUUGUAGCUCCGGGGAUGAGGUUGUGACUAUUGAUGUUCAAGAAGCUAAGGAUCUGAUCAAGUCUGGCUAUGGCUAUAUGGAUGUUAGGACUGUGGAGGAGUUCAAGAGAGGGUAUGUGGAUGCAGAGAAGAUUUACAAUAUUCCUUACAUGUUCAAUACCCCUGAAGGUAGAGUGAAAAAUCCUGAUUUCUUGAAAGAGGUUGCAUCUGCUUGCAGCAAAGAAGAUCAUAUUGUUGUGGGUUGUCAAAGUGGGGUUAGAUCCCUAUAUGCAGUUGCUGAUCUUCAAAAUGUUGGUUACAAGCAUCUGAGCAACAUGGGAGGAGGUUAUUUGGCUUGGACAGAGAAACAUUUUCCUGUUGUUAAGCCAGAAGAUGUAGAUCAGAAAAAGCCAGAAAUUGUUGAGCUAAAAAAGCCAGAAGAUGAUGAGGAGAAAAAGCCAGAACUUGUGGAGCCAAAAAAGCCAGAAGAUGUUGAGCAGAAAAAGCCAGAAGCUGAGCUCUAGUUUGUUGCAUAGCAAGUAACUUUAUUUAUCAUUUACUCUUUUUCUUUGUAUAAUUGUAUAUUACUGAUUAAUAUUUAUCUUGAUUAGAAUUCAAAGUAUAUAUGUACCUUGAUAGCUUAAGAUGAAUAUAUCAUUAUUCACUUCCAAAUAAUACUACAGCAUAAGAUGGUUUUUCCUCGUUUCUACA